GAGGCGGCCGCGCACGGGAUUAUCCACUUUGUGCACUUCGGGAGGAUUGAUGGAGCGGGAGACGGACUUGUGUGUUUCGCGGAGACAUCCUGACAAAGACGCGGACUGAGAGGGAGGAGAGCUCGCUGGCUCUUCCCGGAUCGCUUUGCACAUUUCCCCCUUUUUCUUACAUUUUGUUUUUAUUAUUAUUAUUAUUAUCGUUAUUCCCUCGGGUGUGAGCGACGCAGAGAGAUGUUUGCAGAAUUGCUUUGCGGCACCGUGGCUCUGGUCCUGUAUGUCAACACGCUGGGCGCCGACUUCUGCUACGAUGACAGCCGUGCAAUCAAAACCAAUCAGGACCUGCUCCCAGAGACGCCCUGGAUAAAUAUCUUCUACGAUGACUUCUGGGGAACCUUGCUCACGCACAGUGGCAGCCACAAGUCCUACCGGCCCCUCUGCACCCUCUCCUUCCGGCUCAACCACGCUGUGGGAGGGCUGGAGCCCUGGGGCUACCACCUGGUUAACGUGGCCCUCCACGGAGCUGUGACCGGCCUCUUCACCGCGCUGGCUCGCCUGCUGCUCGGAGGAGGCCUGUGGAGCCUCCUGGCCGGCCUCCUCUUCGCCUCCCACCCCAUCCACACAGAGGCGGUGGCGGGCGUCGUGGGCAGGGCCGAUGAAGGCGCCGCUCUGUUCUUCUUGCUGUCGCUGCUCUGCUACAUGCGUCACUGUACGCUGCGGGGCCACGCCGGGCCCUGGCGGCUGGUGGCGUGGCUCCUCUGCAGCCUGGCCUGCGCCGCCUGCAGCAUGCUGUGGAAGGAGCUGGGAGUCACCGUCCUGGCCGUGUCAGCGCUGUAUGACGUCUGCGUUUUCCACAAGCUCAAGCUGCGACAGGUCAUCAUGCUCCUCUACAAGAGGAAGAACGUCCACCUGCUGCUCAAUGUGUUCCUACUGGCCGGCUGGGGAGCCAUGCUGCUGGCCGCCCGCUUCUACUGGAUGGGCAACAAGCCGCCCAACUUCUCCAACUCCGACAACCCGGCGGCCGACUCGCCCUCGCUCCUCUCCAGGACGCUCACCUUCUUCCACCUGCCCGCCGCCAACUUUUGGCUCCUCCUCUGCCCGAACAUGCUCAGCUUUGAUUGGUCGAUGGACGCCCUGCCUCUGAUCCGGAGCUUGGCUGAUUGGAGGAACUUCCACACGGGGGUCUUCUACCUUGGACUGCUCCUGCUGGCUUGGUUUGGCCUGUGGACGCACCACACAGCCAAAAGCAAGGAGACGAACGGCAAAGCCCAUCAUUACACCAACGGCAAGAACGGACACAGCAAUGGACACAGUUACCAAUUCAACAAUCAUGAACACACAAACAAUUCCCACACAGGCCAUCACAAUAACAGUGCUCAAAAUGGUACCAAUAAGUACCAUGAGAUCAGGACUCCACUGCCCACCUCUGAGAACGUGGUGGUGUUCUCUCUAGGCCUGCUGGCGAUUCCCUUCCUCCCGGCCACAAACCUCUUCUUCUAUGUGGGCUUUGUGAUAGCGGAGAGGGUCCUGUACAUCCCCAGCAUGGGCUUCUGCCUGCUGGUGGCCGUGGGCAUGAGGUCCCUGUACGUGCGGCUGCGGCGCCGCUCCUUCAGGACGAUGCUGGUGUACUGCAGCGCCGCCCUGGUGCUUCUGUUCGGCGUCAAAACUGUGAUGAGGAACCGCGACUGGCAGAAUGAGGAGAUGCUCUACAGGUCAGGGAUCUAUGUCAAUCCUGCUAAAGCAUGGGGCAACCUUGGAAACGUCCUGAAGAGCCAGGGCGAGAUGGAGGAGGCUGAGCAGGCGUACAGAAACGCCCUGUAUUACCGCAGCAACAUGGCCGACAUGCUGUAUAACCUCGGUUUGCUGCUGCAGGAGAGCAACAAGUUCGCCGAGGCUCUCCACUACUAUAAGCUGGCCAUCGGGAGCAGGCCAACCCUGGCUUCGGCCUACUUGAACACGGGCAUCAUCCUGAUGAAUCAGGGUCGCAUGGACGAGGCCAAGCGCACCUUCCUGACCUGCGCCGACAUCCCGGACGAGAACCUGAAGGACCCCCACGCCCACAAGAGCUCGGUCACCAGCUGCCUGUACAACCUGGGCAAGCUGCUGCACGAGCAGGGACAUCAGGAGGAGGCCGUCUCCGUGUUUAAAGAAGCUCUACAGAAAAUGCCUCGACAAUUUGCACCACAGAGCCUCUACAACAUGAUGGGAGAGGCCUACAUGAGACUGAACAAACUGCCUGAAGCUGAACACUGGUACACGGAGUCGCUGCGAGCCAAGCCCGACCACAUCCCUGCUCACCUCACCUACGGCAAACUGCUGGCUGUCACGGGGCAGAAGACGGAAGCGGAGAGGUACUUCUUGAAGGCCAUUCAGCUCGAUCCCUCAAAAGGCAACUGCUACAUGCAUUAUGGUCAGUUUUUGUUGGAAGAGUCCCGGCUGCUGGAAGCGGCGGAGAUGGCGGAGAAAGCCGCUCGCCUCGACAGCGGGGAGUUUGAUGUGGUCUUCAGUGCGGCCCACAUGCUCAGGCAAGCCAGCCUAAAUGAGGCAGCCGAGAGGUACUACGGACAAGCAGCAAGCCUGAGGCCCAAUUAUCCUGCCGCUCUGAUGAACCUGGGGGCGAUCCUCCACCUCAACGGGAAGCUGCAAGAGGCCGAAGCCAAUUACCUCCGAGCGCUCCAACUGAAACCCGACGACGCCAUCACCCAGUCCAACCUGCGCAAGCUGUGGAACAUCAUGGAGAAACAGGGCCUGAGGACGAUGAGCCCCUGAGCUCCUUCCCUUCCCCCCCACCUCGAGCACCUGCAACGUGUGUGCCGGACCCGGAGGAGAGGUCGGACCCGGAGGAGAAGGCGGCCCCUGCACUCCUUGUACACUCCUCUUCCAGGGGUCAUGGAGGAGGCUCAGGGAGGGCGUUUGCUCCGAGAGGCUGUGAUUGUGCCGUGCAGCCCCUCGUAAUGACUCCUGAGCAACUCGUACACAUCAGGCCAGCAGCUCCUCUCAGAAGCAUUGCUCACAGUUUGGCCGGCUCCGUGCAGUUUUUGGACUCUUUAGAAACUUUCUAUAAAAUAUGAGCUCCCAUGGGAACCCUUUUUUUUUUCUUUCUACUUUUCUUUAUUCCUUUUUCUAACUAGAGCACUUGAACCAGGAGCGAGACCAUAGGUACAUCCGUCAACAUUUGUGAUGAAUUAAGUCGCAUAAAUAAGCAAUUGUAGUUCAAAAGGGUCGAAGCUGAUUUGUCCCCGAGCAGCGCGGGGAGAUAAAGUACAAACGAGAUCUCAGAGCGAAGCACUGAGGGUACUUUCCAUCAGGAUUUAAUAAAGUUCUCGGUUUUGAUCAGAUGUUCAAUCUUGAUAAUGAAGAAAAUGAGAUAUUAUGAAGAAACCGGACACCGUGCAAAAUCUCCAGUGAAGUUUCGAGUCGUCUGUGUAUUUUGUUUUUCACGUCCUCAGUGGGAUGGUUUUUUUUACUCGUGAGAUUACACACACUUCAUAAUGAAGGAAUGGAAAUUAGCACCGUUAUUGUAAACCAUUUGUCGCAGACGCCCCGGGACGUUUGUCCUCAACUCUAAAAAGGGAAUUCAACUCAUUAGCCAUCACAGCACAACAACAGCCUCUAACAGCUCCACACAGACUCAUGUUUGUCUUGUUUUGGCAGGAAAAGUAAAAAGAAGUGAAGGAAGUGGGACUCGUUUCACACUGUAAUGCCUUAUAAUAAAUUUUGUGAAUCUUCUUUAGCAGUGUGCGGUAGCAUGCAGGCGUCAUUUUGACCCCUACUGCUUCUCCCAGUUCAUAGUUAAAGAAGCCAAGUCACCAUAGAAGCGUGUUCGUUGACAACAUGAAGAAGCUAUGAAUGGAAUAAUUGAGAUACCCUUCCCAUGGAAGUCACAGAGAACAACGGUACGGCAGUUAAUGUGUGUGGAGCUGAAACAGAUGAAGGAAAACUUCUAACCAAAUACAGGAGCGUUGCCGAUGCACAUUUUUUUCAUCUCAUGGCACGAGACAGGGCGCACGUCUCGAGGGAAAUGUUUUAACGUUUGUGUGUUUGAAUAAAGACUAAUUUCGUUGUGUUUAUAUAAAUGAAUCCUAAUAUAUAUCUAUGUUGUGUAUAUUAUACAGAAAAACCAUGCAGCAAAAAAGUAGCCAAUGGAAGCUCCGACGCUGAGGAAAUUUGGUUUGUUAUGUUAAAGGGGAACUCUGGUAUUUUUAAAUCUCGACCCUAUGCUUGUUAAUGAUGGUGUGUAAAUGAAUGGUCUUUAGAAAAACUUGUAGAGUCAACCCAGCAGGGGCUACAAUGUAACCUUAUGGGGCAACUGCAACAGUCAGCUAAAUUACAACAAAAAGUUUUUUCCACUCUUUUAAAAGUUUUCAAUUAUUAUUCUGGGUCUUUGCUUGGUUAUUCUGGCAACACAACAUAUUUCUUGCUCAACGGGAAGUCUCACUUUGAACUGCGGCAGUGGCUACAAUGUAAUCUUAUGGGGCAACUGCAACAGUCCACAAAAUGUCCACUGAACAUGCAAUUUUUUUACAAUAAUGAAAUUGUUAGGGCUCAAAUGGUUAUUCUGGGUCUUUGCUGAGAGUCUGCGAACAUUAUGUGCUCUCGCGCAUAAGUACCAUUCAUCUACACACCCGUAUUUAAAACAUAGGCCCAGUUUUUCCCAUAUUGUCACCCCUCAGUUCCCAUGUCUCAAGGUCUCAUUUUUGUAGAUAUUCUGUGUAAUUAACAUCUGCUCGUUUGUCGUCGUUGUCAGCAAUUACUUUUAAAUGAGAUGACACCUCUCCAGAAGUAGGAAUAUGAGCAGUAUUUUUGAUCAGAAAACCCUCCUGAACUCUCUGUGUCCUCAGUUUAUUACAUUGUAAGUUAUUGCUUUGUGUUACCUCGGCAACAGAACCAGCUGGCACUGUGUUUUUACAUGUAAGAUGAAGGAAGUGAGCAGAUAUGUCGUUUGUGUUAGAAAAGAAAAAAACUCACAAAAUCACUUGAGUCAGGCCCAUUUAAAAAGCACCUGCACCGGAGGAGGAGAGAUUGAAUAUAUAUUUGUCACUCGCAGUCAAAAUGGUGUCGGCUCUGUUCUGUUUAUGACUGUGAUGUUCACUUGUCGAGUAAAAUAAUCACAAUUUCACAUUCAUUCCUCCCUCACAUCACAAAAAGAAACAACCCAUGUGCUAAUUUCCCCUGUGUAUAUAAAGUGUUCCUGAACAAACACUGAUAAUUGUUAUUGCUUGAGUGACGAUGUAAAGAAAACAAAACAUAACAAAAAAAAGGUUCACUCUGUGUCUCUGCUCAGGGAUCUCAAGCGGUGGGUUAUUGCAGAAACUUGUUCACAGAGCGUUUUACUAAAUUAAAGAUUUAUUUUUGAAAAGUUGUUGUAUUUGUAUAAAUUAUGAAGAUUUGUAGCCUUUUUUUCCUCCUUUUUCUAAUAUAAAAACGAACAAUGUGCCAGAAUCCGACCUUUGUCUCUCAAUGUUGCUUUUUUUCCACAAUAAAUUGAUGGUGUUCUG